GGAACCACUUAAUUCCUCCAUGCUUGAUUUUAACUGCAAAAAAAGAAAAGAAAAAAAGCUUUUGUUAGGGCGCCGAGCAAAAGCUGCAAUCCAAUCUCCUCUUACUUGAAAUAAAUCGGGCUUCCAUUUCGAAUUAAUAUAUAUCUCAUCUGCGGUCUCUUUUAAUUAUGGAAUUGGUUCCUCCUAAGUCAGUGGCCCCUAGUUCUUUCAGACUAUUUUAACUUCUGUACAUCAUGGAUACCGAACAGAUUAUCGAGGGCCAGCCACAGGUUCCAGAAAAUCCACAUGCAGAAUAUGGCCUUACAGAAAAUGUAGAGCGGAUAGUGGAAAAUGAGAAAACAAGUGCAGAAAAAACAUCAAAGCAGAAAGUGGACCUUCAGUCAUUACCUACACGUGCAUAUUUGGAUCAGACAGUUGUUCCUAUCUUAUUACAAGGCCUUGCAGUCCUUGCAAAGGAGAGAUCAUUCUCAAUCUUGUCAGGUAAUACUUGUUCCUCUCUCAUAAUAUCUUUUAAACAAGGUCCAUUUAAGUUAUGACUUAAAUUAAUAAAUCAGCAGGGCCUAUAACUUAGUUAUGAAUUAUUCCAUAUACUUUAGAGGCUGGCUGUAUAAUAAAAUGCUUGGUAAUCUGGAAUGACAUUCAAAGUAUUUUCUUCUUUUUAAGCAAACAGCAUGUUCUAUAGAUUUAAUAUUCAGUAUUUACAAUUUACAAUUAUGGAUUUG